UACAAACCUGAGCUCCUCUGCAAACAAAACUCAACAAGAAUCACUGACAGCAUCUUCAAGAUGGCAAAACGGAACCACGACAAAGACUCUGACGUCACGUCACAGGUGUCACACAGGUGUGGCUGGAGCUGCCUCGGUCCUCUAACCUUCCACCCCCAGACUGUGGGAGACAAGGUGUGUCUGAGCCAUGGCCACCGGCGAGCAGAGAGAAGCAAACACACCUUCAGGAACGGCCUGGUGUUCAGCAGCCGAACAGUGAAGCCUCAGGAGAGGCUUCGCCUUAGAGUGGAGAAGGAUGUGUUGAACUGGGAGGGGUCUCUGCGUCUGGGCUUCACCAACGUGUCGCCCUCAGGAAGAAUCCUUCCUCUGCCCAGUGUGGCCAUCCCCGACCUGACCGAGACCCCCGGGCACUGGGCUGCUGCCGUUCCUGAGUCCUUCUGUCCAGCAGGUUCAGAACUGGAGUUCUGGGUUUGCUCCAGUGGGAACAUAAACGUCACCAACGACCAAAGUGAGACUGAGAAGAUGCUGCUUACAGGGGUGGACCUCAGCCGACCACUGUGGGCCAUGAUUGACAUCUAUGGACAGGCCUGCUCCAUUUCCCUCCUGGGGUCAGAGAAACAAGGACUGAUUUGCAGAAGAUCCUGUCCUGCACCUGAACCCCUCCUCUCACAUGACUGGGACAAUCAGCUCAGUUUGAUUCCUGAUGUGUCAGGCCUGAAUGGAGACAGUGAUGAAGACACAGUCUCAUGUAAAUGCGAUUCCUGUCUCCUGUCCACAGAUCACUGUGUGGUGUGCAUGAUGAAGGCGGCCAGAGUCACCCUGUCUUGUGGUCACCGCUGUUUGUGCUGGAAGUGCAGCACCAAGGUGUCCCAGCAGUUUGGUACCUGCCCGCUGUGCCGACAGGAGAUCAGAGCAUCAUGA